AUGUCCCCCAACUUCUCUGGAAUUUCGGCGGCAGACCAGGCGCAGAGUUAUAUCGUCGCCCUGCUAAAGGACGGAAACAUCCCCGCCCUCAGUGAAAUUCGUUUUGACCAAGGAGGUCUCGAGUAUUUGCGCGGCAAGGCGCAAGAGCAAGGAGUCUUAGUAGACCCUGGCCGUAUUGCAGCGCACACUGAUGAUGGGCUUCUUCAAGAGUUCUGGAUGGUCUCCGAGGACGUGGGCAUCACACCGAUCGAUCGCCAGGACAUUCCCGGGUACGAGUUUGUGGGCAUGGAAGUGGCAUCCCGAGUCCUGAAGGAGACUCAGUUCCAAGAAGUGGAAAGGGUUUAUUCCCUGAUCAAGAGUAGGCUGCGGACGCAGGUCAACAGUUCUUGCGGGCUUCACGUCCACGUUGGCAUCAACCACCUCUCGCUUGAGUCGACCAAGAAGCUAGUCACGCUUCUCAUGAUCUUGGAGGAGCAAAGCCUGUUCAAGGACAUCUGUGCGCCGCACCGCGAAUAUAGCGGCUGGUGCGACCCUGUCUCGGAAAAGAGCCGGGCUGUGAUGCGCGGUAGCAACCAAGCAAGGGACAUCAUCAACCCCCGCCUCGCCCUACAUGUCCCGCAGGUCCCCUUUGGCGUGUCUGCCAACUUGCGCCUAGGCCUGGACCGCAUCUGGAAUUGUGAGACCAUCGACGCGAUUGCGAACGAGACAAAAGUCCACGGAGGCUACCACGCCUCCAAAAAAGACCCAUGGUGCGAGCGGGGAGGGUUUGCCAUCAGAAACGAUACAUGGGGCCUCGAUAUUGACGGCGAGAUGGUUCUCGGAGAUGUCACCAUCGAAUUCCGGUAUAAGGAAUCCACGGGGAGUGCCGUACAAGACAAACACUGGCUGAAGCUGUGCCUGUGUUUCGUCCGGGCGGCAGAGUGGUCGGUUGAGCAAUUUCGACGCGCAAUGCGGGACAUACAUGAGGCGAGAGAUUUGGAGGGCAAUUUGGCCAGUCUGGGUGUGGAAGAGAGCGAAAGACAGUGGUGGUCAAGGAUAGCCCGACAUCAUCGGGAGCACCCAUACCCGGUGAGGAUGACACAAUUCCUGGCAGCAGAGUAG